GCCAGCAACUAAAUGUUAAGAUUCUGAUUAAUACAUACUAUUUAUCAAACUUAAUACAAAAAUAAAAGCAUACCCAUCUUAUUAAUCCAAUCAUCACUAUACUUCCUUAAACUCUGCCAAAUAUUUGACCUUUAAAUAAACUCAAACACUAAAAAAUAGGAUUUAUUGUGAGAUUUCAACCUUAUUAUUUUUAGUCUGGUCAAAUGGCAUCAAAUGCAAACUAAUCCAAACAGACAUCAAACAUAGUUUUAGUGCAGCUAUGGUGAAAUGGAUGGCACUCGAGUCUAAUAGUUGCUGUUUGAAGUAUGGCCACUUAGAUAUCCUGUUUAGGAUGGGGCCAUAUCGUCACACCUUUGUUCUGAUAAGGGUCCCUGCCCCCAUCGACAAAGUGCGAACGGCUGGGGGGGCCGCAGCAAUAUAAGGGGCCAGAUUAGUGUCUCUCUGAGUGACUCGUGCUACUGUCUUGCUGUCUUGUUCGCGAAAGUUUUUCUCCCCCAAAUCAUGGAUUUUCUCCGCUCUUGUGUCCUGUGCGUCGCGCUCCUCGCUCUCACCAGGGCUUUUACGCAUCAGGAUAUGAAGAACGCGCUGCUGCAGAAACUUGGCAUGGAUGAAGUUCCUAAAAUCCAAAAGAGGGAUUUGGAAAACCUGGUUAUUCCGGCGCAUAUCAGAAAUAAGUACUUGUCCAUGCUGAAGGUGCACCACAGCAGGAGGCGCAGGUCUUUGCCAAGCCUGGCGGGUAUCCUGAGAGGAAUUCCGGGCAAUGCAGAUAUCUCCGGGGAAUAUGUGUACUCUGACACCACUCGGCAUCAGAUGGUGUUCGAAAUGGAAACGAGAAUCCCAGAUAACAGUGAGGUGACCAUGGCGGAGCUGAAGCUUUACCAGAGGGCUUCCCAUUACAAACGCUUCGCAGUAGACAGGCGGAACCACCGGCCUGUCAACAACGCCAGGGUCAGCGUCUACUGGGUGGAAGUGCUGCCUGACGGAUCCAAUAGAACUUCGCUGGUGGAUUCACGUCUGAUCCCCAUUCACGAGACCGGCUGGAAGAGCUUUGAUGUCACCCAAGCGGUGCAUUAUUGGUCCAAGACGCAGAAGAAGACACCUAUGCACCUGGAGGUGUGGAUCGAGGGCGAGAGACCUGGCAGCUACGCGGCAGAGAUGGCCAAGAGUGUGCACUUUACCACCCAGGAGCAGACGGAUAACACCUUGGGAAAGCCUGAGCUCAUUCUCUACACACUCAACCUCGAGGAGUACGGCUCUCGUGGUGACUGUGACGUAAAUCAAAACAAAGAAACCUGCUGCCGUGAGCAAUACUUCAUAGACUUCCGCGCGCUCACCUGGACACAGUACUGGAUCAUCGAGCCAGCAGGUUACCAGGCCUUUAGGUGCACCGGAGGCUGCAAGCAGCCCAAACGCAACUACGGCUAUGGAGAAAGACGAUGCACUGUGUCUGAAAGUGCCCCCCUACCCAUCAUGUACCUGGUGAAAAAAGGAGACUACACUGAAAUAGAGGUGGCCGAGUUUCCUAACAUGAUUGUAGAGAGAUGCUCAUGCACGCUGGACAAUGUCUCUGUAGUAUGAAGUCAUGGGAAAUAGUUUAUUCCUGUAAUGACAGACUGCUGGGAUGUUAUAUUAGGAUAUUAUAGUUGUUUUUUCAGAAGGGUGUUGAUAUAUUUAAUAGUUUUAAACAACUUGUCUAGUACUUUUUAUUUAAACGGAUAUUUAGUGGGAGAAUCACAGAACGGGCAGAGCUGCUCCCGUCAAACAAGCACUUUUAUAUAUUUAGUAAAUUGUGAUAUUGUUUUAUUUGAAUUCGGAUGAAUUGUGUUCAAUAUAUUGCAAUCAUUCAAAUUCUGUCUGAUGUGUUCUAUGUUUCAAGCUGUACAUAAUAGGAAUGAGUUUAUGUUUGGAAAAUAAAA